AUGGUCUGCAAAGUCUGCGAGGAUAUGCUCUCUGGCCACAAGGGCCGUCGAGACUCCGCGGUGUCACAGUUGCAGCUAAGCUUUUGGCACCAUGACAAGGAAGACCAUGUCAGAGCCUCGGCAAAGGAAUCUGAAUGCUAUCUAUGUCGCGUCAUUUACGAUAGACUAAAGGCAUUGGGUUUGAAAACGCCCAGUCGCAAAGAGAAGGCCAUUACCCAAAGCCAAUUUCUAUCGGCUUCUUUACGCUCCAUCCCACGGCGGCCACGCACCUACCGACUUAGCUUUCAGAUUACAGAGACUCGCCAAUCUAUUGCCAACUUUGUCUUACAAGAGAAUGCUAGUGACUUCGACCACCUAUCCGAGGCUCCCAUCAGUGCUCAUACAUCUGACCCGCCGGUCAUCAAGAUGGCUCGUGAAUGGAUUGAGCAAUGUGCUGCUCAGCACCCCGGAUGUGUACAGCAAUCUUCCGCCAAAUUACCAUGGUAUCCGACGCGUCUGAUCGACGUACGCUUUAUGCGUGAUUCUCAGAAUAAGACAAAAGCCGUUCGGCUUGUAUCAUCGAAGAUAGGCGAGAAGAAGAUUGCCGAUCCUCAAUUUGAAGGCCGCUAUGUCACACUAAGUCAUCGUUGGGGAAACAAGCCUUUCACCAAGCUCACGGAAGACAAACUGCCGGAGUUCCAGGAGGCAAUACUGGUGAGAGAUUUGCCUUGUACAUUUCAAGAUGCAAUCCGGUUCGCGUGCGAGUUGAAAGAGGUCCGGUGGAUCUGGAUAGACGCCUUGUGCAUCUUGCAAGAUAGCGACAAGGAUUGGCUCUACGAAUCCUCUGUGAUGGACCAGGUCUAUACACACUCCUUCUGCAACAUAUCAGCCACUGCGGCCAUGGACAACUCCGAAGGCCUCUUUCGAUCGCGAGAUCAGAAGAGGAAAUGGGUGGACACUGUUUACGUGAAGACGGAAGACCUCAGCGUCACUUCGCAGCCGACGGUCGAGUGCACUAUAUCUGACCUUGAAUUCUGGGACGAGAAGGUGGAAAACGCUCCUGCCAAUAAGCGCUCGUGGGUGCUACAGGAGCGGCUAUUAGCACCUCGGGUGAUCCACUGGUGCAAUGAUCAAAUCGCAUUUGAAUGCCGGGAGAUGGACCGAGCAGAAUGCCGUCCUGGAGAUCUUCCUCAUUUUCAAAUGCGCGGAGGUGAGCUGAUAGACCAAGCACGUCUCAAAGGCAUCAGUGUACAAGUUGGCAGAUCUUUAAUGGAGACAAGACUCGCCAAUGAGUAUGGAUUGGGAAGCUGGCAAGGCUCAGUCGAAAUGGACGAAUUGGAUCCGAAGUUCUUUCUGUACGAGAUUUGGAAGCGCGUCGUCGAGCAGUAUACGAGAAUGGAGCUUACCGAAAAGAGAGACCGACUCAUCGCACUAUCGGGGAUCGCCAGGAUGAUGAAGUCGACCUUAGACGCACAGCGCUCUGAUGACACCUAUCUAGCAGGUCUGUGGCAGAAUUAUCUGGCUAGCCAACUCCUGUGGCACGUCAACGACCUCGACAACGUCCAGUCUCAACCUUUUGAGAACACCAGACCGGCGGAAAAGCGGGCUCCAACAUUUUCCUGGGCCUCGGUCGAGACAGAACGUGGUGUAACGUUUCCAGAGACCACAGACAAAGGUCUCCUCAUUCAGGUACAGGUCGUGCGUCUGACCUACCGCACACCGGACGAUAAGUUUGGUCUAGUGACCGACGGGUAUUUGGUUGUGAAGGGAGUAUUGCGAAAGGUCCAACUGGUGGACCGUGCAAAUGAUACAGCACGUUCUGAAUCUUGCUCUUUUCUUGGUUACAAGGUCGAUUGGCAUGCUUUUAGCAUUGUCUCGCUUGCUCCAGCACUCUUCCUCGCAACCACAGUUUUGCUCAGCAUGUUGUUCUGGAAAUUACUGAGCGGCCAAAGGCUUCCGUGGAUAACGUUUGUCUUGGCCAGCUGCGUGAUCGCAAUGGUGUUGCGUUUUGGAACUUCGAAGACUCCCACACGAAAGCCUGACAAUACUAAGCUAAUGGACGUAACCAAUCGAUAUUUUUGGCGACUGGUGAAAAACGGUGUUCCCUCCAGCAAGCUGAACGAGAUUGUUUAUCUGGACAGCCCUGCAAGCGCUCCGUCUGUAUUCGAUGCAGAUAGCCAGGUGUUUUGCCUUCCCGCGCUGCAAGACGAAAGGCACUUGUGGUGCCUUCUUCUCCAAGCCACGGAUGGAGACCAUGGCAUUCGGUACCAAAGAGUGGGUAUCACGAAAAUCCUCAAUAUCUGGGAAGACGAAGUCAACGAGAUCAAGGAGCCUCCGGGGGACAAUCAGAAUCCGCUAGGCGAAUACUAUUGGGGCUCAGAGGGCCGUGUUCGAAAUGAGAGCACGAUUUGCAUUAUAUGA